AUGUCGUCAGAUAGAUCUCGGAGGCAAAUUAAGCCGAGAGGAAAUGAUUCAGAACGUUUAAGUGCAUUAGAACAAUUAAAACGAGCACGACAAGGUGGUCCAGCUGCAUGUGUUGAACAACCAGUGGCAACAGCUGAACUGGACGAAGAAAAUGAUGAUUAUGAAAGCGAACCUGAAGAUUAUGAAGACAUAAAACCAGCUGCUAAACGAAAAUCUAGUAAUUCUCAUCAAAAAGAUUCCAAAAGAUUAAAGAAAAAGCAACAUCAUCGUGAUAGUGAUGAUGAUAAUAAUGAUGAUGAUGAUGAAGAGGAAUCAAAAUCUUCUGAGCCGAAACGUCGUGGACAAGUCUUUGCAAAACCUCUAGAAGAAUCUACUGGCAUGAAGGAUAUAAAAUCAAUGUUUGCUGCCACUAAGACACGUACUGUUCAACGACAAGAAGAAAAUCACAAAGAUGACUCCGAUAAAUUACUUUCUGAUAUUAUGUUUGAAUUACAAAAACCAAAAGCAAAUCGUCCAACACCCGUCGCAUCGGCACCUGUACCAAGUGUAUCGAAAUCUAUGAAAAUUGAAUCUAAACCAGUGGAAAAUUUUCGUCCUGAACCAAUCCCAACACCAUCAGUGCCAACAUGCAAUGUUGAUCCUCCAUUGCGUCAUGAAAAAGAACUUGAUUGGGGCGAUGAUGACAGCAUGAGUUUUGAUGCUGUAUCAAAAUUAAUGAAUGACACAACUCAAGCAAUUAAACAUCCACCGGCACCUCUACUAUCAAAGCCCUUAAUUCAAUUUGAUACUCAAGAACUUGAAUUUGUUACCGAUGAGCAAUUACUUAAAUCAUCUCGAACAUUUCAUACAUCACCAACAAAAGAAAUCGAUCAAAAUGAAAUUAUAAAUAAAGAUGAACAUUUAAGAAUGUUUUGGUUUGAUGCUUAUGAAGAUCUAGGUGCUCAACCUGGUAAACUUUUUCUUUUUGGCAAAACACCAUUAUUAAAUGAUGACAAAUCUGUUAGCAAAACGUUUGUUAGUGUUUGUUUAAUUAUUGAUAAUAUUCCAAAACAAGUUUACUUUAUACCUAAACCGGGAAGUUCAGCAUCCGACGUUGAAGAUGAACUAUUUAUCAUUGCUAAACGAUUUAAAAUAACAAAUUAUACAUCAUCAAUUGUAAAAAGAAAGCGUUUCGAUCCUGAUUUAAUUUCAACUGACUUACUCAAUGAAAUCGAUAUUGUUGAAAUGAAAUAUCCAGCUCGUUGUACAUCGUUGCCAACUGAUUUACAAGGCGAUUCAUUUCAAUGCAUUUAUGGUGCAAACCAAUCAUGUUUAGAAUAUGUAUUAAUUGAAAAAAAACUUAAAGGACCUUGCUGGUUAAAUAUAAAAAAUUGUGCUCCAGUAAAAACCCGCCGAAGUUGGUGCAAACUUGAAUAUGAUGUGGAUUAUUAUCAUGGUUGUGAUCGUCAAUCGAUCAAUAUUGAAAUUAGUACAGUAAAUACUCCACCACCACCGCCGUUGGUGGCUGUUACAUUAUCAUUAGUUACAUUACCAAAUACAAGAACUCAUGAGACUGAGGUUAUUUGUGUUGCUGGUCUUGUCCAUCAACAAUUUCCAAUUGACAGUGCAGCACCCAAACGUCCGUAUCAAAAUUAUUUUAUUGGUGCGUUACUUUUUGAUGAAGAGAACACAGCCGAAUUUUUAAUUAUUUUUCUAGCAUUAACUAAACCAAGUGAUUGCAUACUUCCAUCGGGCCUUGUUAAAGCAGCUGAAUCUCAAAAAAUCAAUAUUGAAACUGUGCCUGGCGAACGAGCAUUAUUGAUGUAUUUAAUUUCAAAAUUUCAAAUAUUAGAUCCAGACGUGAUCAUUGGUCAUGAUAUGCGCAUGUUUGGCUUGGAGUUAUUUUUAUCGCGAUGUCAAAAAUUAAAAGUUGGCCUCACUGCAUCGAAAAUUGGUCGUCUUCAUCGAACACAUGACGGAAAAACAAAAGUUUCAACAAUUAAAAAUCCAACAUGUGGCCGUCUUCUAUGUGAUAUAUCAAUAUCAGCAAGAGAAUUAUUAACAAAAUGUAAAUCAUAUGAUCUUGAAGAAUUAUGCAAAACAGUUUUGAAUACUGAACAACAACAACUUUAUAGAUCUUUUUCAAUUGAUCAAACAAGAGACGCAUUUAGUUCAUCAAUGUCCGUUGUUGAUCUUGUACAAGCAACAUUGAAUAAUACAUCAUUGAUAUUAAAUAUCUUUUGUCAAUUGAUGGUUUUACCUCUUGCUUAUCAAUUAACAUGUAUUGCUGGAAAUUUAUUAAGUCGAACAUUAAUGGGUGGUAGAUCUGAAAGGAAUGAUCAUUUAUUGUUACAUGCAUUUACUGAACGAGAUUAUAUUGUACCAGAAAGAACUGUAAUGUCAAAUCAUCGUGCUGUUGUCAAACAUACACAAGAUAUUCAUAAUGAAUCAGAUGAAGAAAUAGAGGAUGAUACUAAGAAAGCAGCAAAACCUUCAGCAACUUCCUAUACGGGAGGUCUUGUGUUAGCUCCGAAGAAGGGUUUCUAUGAUCAUUUUAUACUCUUGCUUGAUUUCAACAGUUUAUAUCCAUCUAUUAUUCAAGAAUUUAAUGUUUGUUUUACAACCUAUAUGAAAAAACCAGUACAAUCACGUUCAAAUAAUAAUAAUGCAGAACCAGAACAAACUGAAGCUGAUGAUAUUGUUGCUCUUGAUGAUACAACAAAAGGUAUUUUACCAUUGGAAAUCUAUAAACUUGUAGAACGACGUCGUGAAGUCAAAAAAUUAAUAAAAGAAAAAAAGAAUUUAACCGAUGAGCAACUUGUUCAAUAUGACAUUCGACAGAAAGCUUAUAAAUUAACAGCAAAUAGUUUAUAUGGUUGUUUGGGUUUUAAGCAUUCGAGGUUUUAUUGUAAACAACUUGCUGCUUUUAUUACAUGUAAAGGUCGAGAAAUUCUUAUGCAAGCGAAAAAUAUUGUUGAACGAAUGAAUUACGAUGUUAUUUAUGGUGAUACAGAUAGUAUUAUGAUCAAUACGAAUUCAAUAGAUUAUGAUCAAGUUAUGACAAUCGGAGCAAAGAUUCGAAAUGAAAUUAAUCGACAAUAUAAAAGUGUUGAAAUUGGUAUUGAUGGUGUAUUUAAAUGUAUGCUAUUACUCAAAAAGAAAAAAUAUGCAGCAUUAAUUGUUGAAAAAACGCCAACACAAGAAUUUAUUUAUAAAACAGAAUUAAAAGGUUUGGACAUUGUUCGACGUGAUUGGUGUCAAUUAGCUCGAUCCACUGGCGAAUUUGUUGUGUCAGUUAUUCUUUCUGGUCAAUCACGUGAUGAUGUUCUCGAUAAAAUUCAUAAUCGACUACGAGAUUUAGGUGAUGAAAUGCGUAAUGGUAAAAUAACUAUGGAAGAAUAUGAAAUCAAUCGACAACUUUCUAAAGAUCCCAGUGAUUAUUCUGAUGCUAAAAGUUUACCACACGUACAAAUUGCUCUACGUUUUAAUACAAAUUCAACUGGACGAAAAAUGAAACGUGGUGAUACUAUUUCGUAUAUUGUUUGUGAAGAUGGUACACAAAAUUCAGCUAUGCAACGUGGCUAUUUACGUGAAGAAAUUUCAUCAUCAUCAUCAUUAAUUGUUGAUAUAAAUUAUUACUUACACCAACAAGUUUUACCUGUUAUAUCACGUCUAUUAGAACCAUUUGAUGGUACUGAUCAAGCCUAUCUUGCUCAAUGUCUUGGUUUAGAUUCAUCAAAGUAUAAAGCUCGUCAACAAAAAAAUUAUUUAAAAGACAAUGAAAAUAAUAUUGAGAAUAAUGACGAUGAUGAUUUUAAUGAUGAAUUACUUCUUGGUGAAGGAUCAGAAGCUUUUAAACAAUGUGAUCCAUUUGUAUUUCCUUGUGUUCAAUGUGAUACAUUGAAUUUUUGGAAUGCACCAUUUAUUUUUAAUGAGGAUAAAACAUGUAUUUCACCAUUACUUCGUUGUAAAAAUGUGAAUUGUUCAAGUCAACCGAUUGAUCAUGUUGUGUAUUUACGAAAUCGUCUUACUUUGAUGAUUAAUAAAGCAAUUCGACGUUACUAUCAAAAUUGGCUUCGUUGUGAUGAUGAUACAUGUUGUGCAUUUCGAACACGUCAAACACCAUUAGGAAUAUUACAUAAAAGACAUCUAUGUACAUCAUGUAGUAAAAGUGAAUUAAUCACAGAAUAUGAUGAUCGUCAAUUAAAUUUACAACUACGAUUUCUUAAACAACUUUUUAAUAUUGAUGCUUAUAAAAAUUCAAUAAAUCGAACUAAAAUAGAACAAGUUGAUGCGUAUUUUAAAACUCUAUCGGUUGAUGUAACUCGCUCAAUUCAUAAAAAUAUGACUGAAUUACAAUUACAUAUUGAUCGUAUUAUACAAAAAAGUGGUUAUGCUGAAGUCUGCAUUAGUAACCUGUUUGCUCAAUUUUACUUUAAUGCUUGA